AUGUCGCCCGCAGAACCGCAUACUACUGGAGAAUUGAUCUCUUCUGUUGGCAUUCCUCAUGUGUCUAUCGACGUAGGGAACCUUAUUUUCGGCGAUUCUACGACAAGCUUACAGCGAUCAUUUACUGUCAUCAAGAAUAUAGGCGAGGGCUCUUUUGGGUCAGUCUUCCUAUGUGACUGGCAUGGAGAAUUACCAUAUGAAGUGCCACCCUCUACGACUAAUAUCAAUGGUGUCGCGAGGCCAGAAUGGACAGGUAUGCAUUUGGUGGCCGUAAAGAAACUCAAGCGAAGGUUGCAACACGGUUGGGACGAGUGCCAGUACCUCAAGGAGUUCAAGGCACUACAUGCAUUGACCCCCCAUCCAUGCGUCAUUUCUCUCUAUGAUGUCUUUCUCUCAAGUGAAACUUCGGAGUUGUACUUCGUUUUUGAAGCUAUGGAAGGCAACUUAUACCGAUUCAUGAGAGCCCGCAAGGGACGGCCAUUGGCCGCUGGCCUUCUGUCUUGCAUCGUUAGACAGAUAGCAGCUGGACUGCACCACAUUCACUCUUCGGGUUAUUUCCAUCGUGAUAUGAAACCUGAGAAUAUUCUCGUCGCUACCUCGGGGUUCUUACAAUCACAACCAGAUGAACAGAAAGAUGUCGCCAUCAUCUGCAAGAUUGCAGAUUUUGAUUCUGCAAGGGAGAUAUCAAGCACUCCACCUUACACAGAGUAUGUCUCAGGUCGGUGGUAUCGCGCCCCUGAGGUGCUGCUCAAGCAGAGAGACUAUUCUACGCCGGUAGACAUGUGGGCCCUCGGGGCGAUCAUGGCCGAGCUGAUAAACUUGAGGCCUAUAUUUCCUGGUACUGGAGAAAUCGAUCAGAUACACCGAAUCAUCAAAGUACUUGGCGACCCUGCAGAUUAUGGCGUGGACAAACACGGAAGAUCUUACGGAGGUGGUUUAUGGCCCCUUGGCUUGGAAUUAGCAAAGCGUCUUGCCUUCAAUUUUCCUCGGACUGAACCGAGAGAUAUGUAUACGAUGUUCGACAAGAAAACCUCUCGCCAACUUGUCGACUGCAUCUCUGGUCUCCUCAAGUUUGACCCCAGCUUGCGCCUUACUAGCCAACAGUGUCUCGCGCAUGAGUAUCUCGAGGAAUGCCUGCCGGAAAAUCUUCCUGGCGUAGUUCCUGGACUAGAAAUCCACUCUCCAUAA